AUGAUUCGAUUCGGUGAAGUUGUAACAUUAUUCGCGGCAGCGGUUUCCGCCUAUCCUGCCGAGAACCAAGUUCGUGUCGUUAACGGGCAGCCAGCCGCCGUUGGUCAGUUUCCGUACCAAGUACUUCUCAAGAUUCAACUUUCGCAAGGGCGUGCCUUAUGCGGUGGAAGCUUGCUCAGUGAUCAGUGGGUUCUAACGGCAGGGCACUGCACGCAAGGUGCUACUUCUUUCGAGGUUACAUUGGGUGCGGUAGACCUGAAUGACAACGAAAAUGAUGGUCGUGUUGUGGUAACUGCAACGGAGUACGUCCGUCAUGAAAAGUACAAUCCACUGUUCGCCACCAAUGAUGUCGCUGUUGUUAAGCUUCCUGAGCCGGUUCAGUUCAACGAGCGAGUUCAACCGGUUAAACUACCCACGGGUGCCGAUAGUUAUACUGACCAGAAGGUGGUUGUAAGUGGCUGGGGACUGCAAAAGAACGGUGGAAGUGUAGCUGAAAAGCUGCAGUAUGCUCCUCUUACGGUGAUCAGCAACAGCCAGUGUACGAAGACGUACAACCCACUGGUCGUCAAGAAAACGACGCUAUGUGCUCAAGGAGAAGACAAGCAAUCCCCAUGUAACGGAGAUUCCGGUGGACCUUUGGUGUUGGAAAAUGAACAUGUUUUGGUUGGAGUUGUCAGCUUCGGACAUGCCACCGGUUGUGAAAGAGGCUUUCCGGGGGCGUUUGCGCGUGUUACAUCCUUCGUUGAUUGGAUCAAGAAGAAAACGGGAUUGUAA